CAAAAAUAACAGAUGUCACAGAUAAAUAUUUGAUUUCUAAAAAAUAAAUUUAUAUUUGGCAACUAUACAAUAAAUAAUUAAAUAUAAUAAAUACAAGUCGUAUAGAAAGUAUUCGCCGUUUGUCGUAGUUGUUCCGUUACGUUAAGUGUAACUAGCACUUAAUGCACAUUUUAUAAAUGUUGCUUGUUUGUGGUUUGUAAGCCUGUAAAUAAUAUAAUAAAUGGCGAAUUUUCCAACUUUAGGUGCUCAGCAAGAAACUAAUCGUAAAAUUCUGGAGGAUCUACAAUUAAAAAAACAACUUUUACAGAAAGGUAACAUUCCGGGAUUAGGUACUGGAAUAUCCACUAACACUCUUUACCAGAUUCCUGCCAGUCAACUGUUGCAGUCGUCGGAUUUUUCUCAAAGUAGUGGUUUGGCAAACGCGCCUCGUUCGGUGUUUAAUGCAACAACGUCGACAACGUUAGGUUAUUUCGUCUCACAGGAUUCUUAUUACGGAAAUACGUUCAUUCCUGUGCUGCCACGUCUCGAUCCAUUGCCUUAAACUAGAAUAAUGGCUUGUAUAAAGCUAAAAAAGUUGGAGGAGUACUUGCAUGGUGUGGAUAAAUUUGAAAAGCCGAAAAUUAAGUUAGAACAAUACAUAACUCCUCCACACAUAGCUAGUUGUGUGCUUUACAACAUCCAGGUCAAGAUCUGAUGUCAAAAAAAGCUAAAAAAUAUAAAGACUACAUCCAUAAAAAGGUGAAAGAUUGGCACGUGAAAGGGAACGUGGUUGCCGAACUGAAGUAUAAUAUUGACACCAGCUAUUCCUUUCACAAAAGCAAAAGCGUUGACAUCAGUGUGGACUUUUGGCGAUUCGAUGUGUCCGAGAAAAA